CCCCGCGCGCGCGGUCGCCAACGGCCUCGGGGCGCCGGCGGGGCCCACGGGCUUUCGCGCUCCGCACGCCGCCCACGCCCGCCGUCCGCUUCCGCCUCACGUCGGCGCAGGACGAGUCUUGAGUCCCGCUCCGGCCCCUCCUCGCCCGGCCUGACCCGGCUCCGGCCCCUGCGCUGCGCCCCGCCGCCCCAGCCGCCUCAGCCCCGGGGCCCCAGCCGCGGGGUCACGGGGUCAAGGGGCGGGGCCGGCGAGGAGGGGCGGGGCGCGCGGAGGCGGAAGCGCAGCGCGGGCGCCGCGGCCGCGGUCGGAGACCCUGCGCUGCUCGGCUCGGUUCCGCCGGGCCCUGUCAUGUGACUUCUGCCGCUGAGGCCGGGCCGGGGCCUGUCGGCGAGGAGAGUCGGGUGUCCGCGCGGAAUCCGAAGGCGUCCCGGUCCUUGAGGGCCCGGGGGCGUUACCUCCCGGCCACGGUGUCCGGGGUUCUGUCGGGUCCGCUGGAGCUCCUGGACGGCGGUCUGAGGUCCAGGGGAGGGUGGGCCUGGGCCCCGGGGUCUAGGGAAGAGCCCGACGGACCAGCCUUGUCUUCCCUGCCAGGCGUCUCUGCAGACAAGCCCACCUGUCCCGCGCCAUGCGAGCACUGUGGACUCUCACUCUGGCCUUGGCUGCGGGCCUGGCCUCUGCCAGCCCCCCUAACAUUGUGCUGAUCUUUGCUGAUGACCUGGGCUAUGGGGACCUGGGCUCCUACGGACACCCCAGCUCCACCACCCCCAACCUGGACCAGCUGGCCACAGGGGGGCUGCGGUUCACAGACUUCUACGUCCCUGUGUCUCUGUGCACACCCUCCCGGGCUGCGCUCCUGACCGGCCGGCUCCCAGUCCGGAUGGGCAUGUACCCUGGAGUCCUGGAGCCCAGCUCCCGGGGCGGCCUGCCCCUGGAGGAGGUGACGUUGGCUGAAGUCCUGUCUGCUCGAGGCUACCUCACAGGGAUGGCCGGCAAAUGGCACCUUGGGGUGGGGCCGGAGGGGGCCUUCCUGCCCCCCCAUCAGGGCUUUCACCGCUUCCUGGGCAUCCCCUACUCCCAUGACCAGGGCCCCUGCCAGAACCUGACCUGCUUCCCACCAGCCACUCCCUGUGAUGGUGGCUGUGACCAGGGCCUGGUUCCCAUCCCACUGUUGGCCAACCUGUCUGUGGAGGCACAGCCCCCCUGGCUGCCUGGACUGGAAGCCCGCUAUGUGGCUUUCGCCCGCGACCUCAUGGCCGACGCCCAGCGCCAGGGCCGUCCGUUCUUCCUGUACUACGCUUCCCACCACACCCACUACCCCCAGUUUAGUGGGCACAGCUUUGCAGGCCACUCAGGCCGUGGGCCCUUUGGGGACUCCCUGAUGGAGCUGGAUGCAGCCGUGGGGGCCCUGAUGACGGCCGUGGGGGACCUGGGGCUGCUCGGAGAGACACUGGUCAUCUUCACUGCAGACAAUGGGCCUGAAACCAUGCGUAUGUCCCGCGGCGGCUGCUCUGGCCUCCUGCGCUGCGGGAAGGGCACGACCUUCGAGGGAGGCGUCCGGGAGCCUGCCUUGGCCUUCUGGCCAGGCCGCAUCACUCCUGGUGUGACCCACGAGCUGGCCAGCUCCCUGGACCUGCUGCCCACGCUGGCAUCCCUGGCUGGGGCCCCGCUGCCCAACGUCACCUUGGAUGGCUUUGACCUCAGUCCCCUGCUGCUGGGCACAGGCAAGAGCCCUCGGAACUCCCUCUUCUUCUACUCGGCCUUCCCCGAUGAAGUGCGCGGAGUCUUUGCCGUUCGGAGUGGGAAGUACAAGGCUCACUUCUUCACCCAGGGCUCCCCACACAGCGACACCACCGCAGACGCUGCCUGCCACGCCUCCAGCCCUCUGACCGCCCAUGAGCCACCACUGCUCUACGACCUGUCGGAGGACCCCGGUGAGAACUACAACCUCCUGGAGGGCGUGGCCGAGGUCCCGGCAGAGGCACUGCAGGCCAUGAAGCAUCUCCAGCUGCUCAAGGCUGAGUUUGAUGCGUCCAUGACCUUUGGCACCAGCCAGAUGGCCCGGGGUGAAGACCCCACUCUGCAGAUCUGCUGCCAACCCAGCUGCACCCCCCGCCCUGUGUGCUGCCACUGCCCCGACUCCCAGCCCUGAGGGCACUGGCCAAGUCCACAUGGGGGACCCUUUGAGGCCAGCCCAGGUCCCCUGGCCCGGCCCGGGCAGGUGAGGGGGAAGGGACAGCUCUGUGUGGGCGUUUGUUCCUACAGAUGAAAUAACACAGCUGAGACUUGGA